UGGCUUCCAGCACUCCUCUGGCGCUGCUCCGUCUACAAAAACGGGGUCAAGUCCGGUGUGCGAGGUCGAGAGCUAGCUGGAAGUAGACAGGUAGAGCCACUGGAAGGAAGAAAGGGGAGCAAGCUUAGCUUGCCAGGUGCUGCUCAGAUCCGAUGGCUUCGAGCAUUGGAGUGAUACCCAUGCUCUUCUUCAAGGUCGUAGUAUGCCUCUGCUUCUUCAGAUUAUCUCAAGGCAAAGGCACGGCCAAGCAGCCAUUCACGCUGAGGAAUCUCCCUCCCCUCGAGAAGGCAAGCAGCUUCCCCGCGAUGCGCCACACGACGUACGAUUACAUUGUCGUCGGCGGGGGCACUGCCGGCUGCCCCCUAGCGGCAACAUUGUCGCUCAAGUAUAAGGUGCUCGUGCUGGAGAGAGGCGGAUCCCCGUAUGGCAACCGCAACAUCUCGUACAUGGAGAACUUCCACAUCGGCCUGAGCAAUACUGCGCCGGACUCUUCAUCCCAGGCCUUCGUCUCCACCGAUGGCGUCAUCAACGCCCGGGCAAGGGUGCUGGGCGGUGGUACCUGCAUCAACGCCGGCUUCUACAGCCGGGCCAGCUCAAGCUUCGUGCAAGAUGUUGGCUGGGAAGCAGAUCUGGUGAACGAGUCCUACCCCUGGGUAGAGGAUAAGGUUGUCCAGUGGCCUAAGAUUGCGCCUUGGCAGGCUGCACUACGGGAUGGGCUUGUUGAAGCAGGAGUGUCCCCUUUCAAUGGGUACACCUAUGAUCAUGUUUCUGGGACCAAGGUUGGUGGCACCAUCUUUGAUGCAAAUGGCCACCGCCACACAGCAGCCGACUUACUUGCAGCUGGAGAUCCUAACAACCUACGGGUGCUGCUUCAUGCUAGUGUGCACAAGAUAGUGUUCAACUCGCGACAAGGACGCCUGAAACCAAAGGCUGUUGGGGUACAAUUUGCCGAUGAGGACGGGAGACUCCACCAGGCACUACUCAACAACAACAAAGAUAGUGAAAUCAUUAUCUCUUCUGGCGCAAUUGGCAGUCCCCAGCUGCUACUCCUCAGUGGCAUUGGGCCCAAGAAUGAUCUUAAGAAACAUAACAUUCCUGUUGUUCUCCACAACAAGUUUGUGGGGAAAGGAAUGGCCGACAAUCCAAUGAACUCCAUAUUCAUACCUACGAAAAGCCCCCCUCGGCAGUCACUGAUUGAGACUGUCGGAAUAACUGAAGCUGGUGUUUUCAUCGAGGCCAGCAGUGGUUUUGGCCAGUCUCCAGAUAGCAUCCAGUGCCACCACGGAAUCAUGUCGGCUGAGAUUGGACAGCUAUCUACAGUUCCUCCAAAGCAAAGAAGCCUGGAACUAGCCAAGAUGUAUGCACAUAACAAACUUAAUCUACCCAAAGAGGUAUUUCAAGGUGGUUUUAUCCUUGAGAAGAUCGAUGGUCCACUGUCUACAGGCCACCUUCUCCUCAUAGACACUGAUGUCAAGAACAACCCAGCAGUUACUUUCAACUAUUUCAGCCAUCCACAAGAUCUCAGUCGUUGUGUGUAUGGUAUCAAGACCAUUGAAAAAAUAUUGAAGACAAACCGUUUCGCUCAAUUGAGUCCUGAUGGUGCUGGAAUGGAAAGGGUGCUCAACAUGAGUGUACGGGCUAAUGUAAAUCUGAUACCCAAGCAUGCCAAUACCACAGAAUCCCUGGAGCAAUUUUGCAAGGACACAGUAAUCACCAUCUGGCACUAUCAUGGUGGAUGUCAUGUAGGCAAGGUGGUUGACCAGCAACACCGAGUGCUUGGCGUCUCGGGUCUCCGUGUUGUUGAUGGCUCAACAUUUUCUAAAUCACCAGGGACCAACCCUCAAGCCACGGUCAUGAUGAUGGGCAGAUACUUUGGAGUGAAGAUCUUAAGAGGACGGCUAGGACAGGCGUGCGGAGUGUAG